AUGGAUAGUGCGCAGAAGGAGCUUGGCCUGGUGGAGCGAGCCAGGCUUCACAGCUCCAUUGGCGGGAAAUGUCCCACUUGCCUCUCAGAGCCACGGGAACACCCAGUGUUAGGGACUCAUGAGAGCCUCAACCCCAUGGUUUCCAGUGGACAUGUCAGUCUAGCCGCUGAGUUUGGAAUCAAGAGACUUUUAAGCCCGUUUCACACAGGAGAUAUGGACGCUCGUGUGGAGAUAACAUCGUCCACUGACCUGACGAGGAGUGUGAAGUCGGAGCUGUCUCCGAAGUCAGACGCGGACAGCUUUGUGGAGGUUGGUUGUCCUCAGUCACCGGACAGCCGCAGCUCGCCAGAAGUCGGAGGGUUCUCUCACAGCAGUUCUGAAUCCCCACACACCACAAGCACAUCCUUUAACGGCUGUUUGAGCUCGGAAGUCAGACGGUACCGCACAGCUUUCACCAGAGAGCAGAUUGUGCGACUGGAGAAGGAGUUCCGCAGGGAGAGCUAUGUUUCCAGACCAAGAAGGUGUGAGCUGUCCUCCGUUCUCAAUCUGCCCGAGACAACGAUCAAGGUGUGGUUUCAGAACCGGCGAAUGAAGGACAAGCGUCAGCGCGUGGCCAUGUCCUGGCCUCAUCCGUCUGACCCAAGCUUCUACACAUACAUGCUUGCCGGCGGCAUACCGCUCCCAUUCCAGCCUCACCUGCCUCUUCCCUAUUUCCCACACCUGGGAAUGACUGGGGCUGCAACACCAAUACACCCACUGGACUCUUUCCAUGCCCUACCGCAUCCUUACUCGCGCCCGGAACUACUCGGUAGCCUCCGGCACCCCAGUUUCCACCAGUCUCACAGAGGACUCGAGAGCUGCGUCCCAGCAGUGUCUGAAGUGGCCAGUGUGCCAUUAAACCACCACAGGCCAUGCUUGUGUCUUGGCUGCUACAGUAGCAGCCCUGGCCUUGGCCUCCUGCACAAAAGGAGCAGCAGCUCAGAGUUCACAUGCCCAGCAGCAAACCAGAGGUCAGAUGGUAGAUCUUUCUACUCUGCGGCUGUCCUCAAUACGUCAUCGCAGGUCCCGAAAGAGGAGUCCCCGCUUACCAGAAAGGGACUUCUGUAAGCCGGCACAUCACCCACCCUUAUUAAACCAUCGGCAAGCAUAUAUUUUCUGUCAAUCCGUUUAGAUGCUGCUCCUCUCUUUUGUGAUGAAUUUAACCGUACGGUCUCUCAUGGGAACACACGGCGGAGACGCAAGCGGAGAGAAAGGAGUGGGAGCUUCACGUUGAGCAGCUCACACAGGGACAGACCAAUUAGAGACGUCAUGUCAGAGCCCACAAUGUUCAGCUUUGGCAUGCUGGUCUGGAAUCACUCACCAGGGCACUCAGACAGACACGUGACCGACACCUCCAGGGGCAUC